CAUCAACGGAGGAAUGGAGAAGGAAGAAGAGCUGGGUUCAUUUGAUCCAAACAUACCAGAGGAGGGACCAUCUGCGCCCCCUCCUGGCUGGCUGGAAGACAUCCAUGGAUACCAGGGUCACAAAGGAGGAGAGGGUGAUAAUCCGUUGUACCCUCCUCCCCCUGCCUACAACCCCCAGCCUGAAGAAAACAGGAACACUUUGGUGCCCAACGUCAGGGUCCCCACAGUAUCGGAGGAUGUGGCCAGAGAAGCCCUGCUCAAGUUUGUGGAAUCCAAAUGGAGGUACAGCGCCAAACCUGCCAGGAACCUCACCUUCAAAGAGCUCAAACCCAUCACCGUGUACAGGUAUCGACUGGAGACCUACACUGAGACCAGAGCCAGCGCCUGGCAGUUUGAGUCAUACAACGGUCAGCCGGUCGAUGGUCCUCAGUACGGUAUGAGUCCUCCACCGUGGGACAUCCCGAUGGUAAUGCCUCCGAGAUACACCGACGUGGUGGAGAAGGUCCGCGUGCCACACUCGUCCUUUGUAAAGCUGUGUCACAAGUGCAAUGGCUGUGGAAGAACUCGCUGUGUUAUGUGUCAUGGUAGAGGCCAGAAGCGUUGCACGUUCUGUCAUGGUCACGGUCGCUCCAGGAACAAGCGCUGCACUUCCUGUCAUGGCAGAGGUCGCAAGAGGUGUAUCUCCUGUCAUGGCCACGGCUACAAGACCUGCUCUGUUUGUCACGGCAGCCAAAACCUGAUGCAUUACAUCGAACUCACUGUAACAUGGAAGAACAACAUAUCUGAUUUUAUUCCCGACCGUCAGCCGGACUUCCCUGACAAGAAGUUUGAGAGGGUGACCGGAGAUCCUUUCUUCAUCGAUGAGAGUGUGCUGGUGUAUCCUAUCCAGGGUUUCCCCGAUCAGGAGAUCUGUGAUGUUACUAGAAGACUGAUUAAUGAACACAUUGGUCGUUUCACUGCCAACAGCCGCAUCCUGCAACAGCGUCAGACCAUCGAGUUGGUGCCUCUGACUCACGCUCAUUAUACUUACAACGGAAAAGACUUCAGCUUCUUUGUUUACGGAGUAGAGAACAAAGUCUUCACGGCCAAAUAUCCCACUGCGUGUACUAUUCUAUAAGUAACAUACGUGGUAACAUGAUCCCUUCCCAUGAUCCCAGACAUGUGUAAUCAGGGUCGUGCAAGAGGGAGAAACUAAAACGUCCGUUCACCAAGAAUCUGUCACAGCAGCAGUACAUGAAACUGUGUCUGCUGUUCAGGUGAAGCAAACCGAACACUCCCUCUCUUUGAAUGUAGAAAUCAUUUUAAUGUUAUAACAUCAUAUUUGACAUCAUAUUCUAAAUAUCUCAAACAUCAGGGGUCGUAUUCAUAAAAGAUCUUAACUUACUGCUCAGAGUCUUUUUAGUUACACAUAGAAGCAGCUUUUAGUAACUGAGAAGAUUUUUUAUGAUUUUAUUUCAUUUAGCCCAAUGAGAGGCAGCAGCAUGAUGAAUGAUAUGAAUGGUAUGAUUAAUGAAUGUAAUUAAUUAAUCAAACAAUGAACACACAAAAGCAGAAAUAUUUUAUUAAUUUAAAUAUUUUAUUAGCUGUGUCACAUAUUUCAUACAUUAAAUUUGCAACAACAGUGUUUUUACUUAUUGUUUGUAUCACACUGAAAUGGGAUCAAAUCAACACAGCCUUAAGAUCUUUUGUGAAUGCGGCCCCAGCUCUUUUUUAUUUUUUAUUUUUUUUGGUGGUAGCCAGUAUCAUAUCGGUUAUAUCUGUGCCUGUUGGACCAUCCAGCAUUAAGGACUUCCAGCAUCAGGAAAUGUUUGCUACGAAACCAAAUGUACAAGAGAAGUGCUAAAAGAUACAGCAAAUACAUGUUGGAGAAUCCUCAUUUCAGUGUCAGUUCAGGUAAAUUCUGGUGCUUAAAAGACGAGCAAAGCCUUAACAUUUUGAUAAAAUACUCACACACUAAAUACUGUUUUCCUAAGAAGGAAACGUAACUACAGACCAAAGGAGACACUAACACAGAUUACUGUCAAUAAUAAAAGACCAGUCAGUGUUUGAUGCUGCCAAACGACUGAUUGUGUUUCAGUGGGGAUAAUUUUUCUUGGUAUGUUUGAAUGAAAUGUUUAUAUAUAUAUAUAUAUAUUUAUAUAUAUUACUUAAUGAAAAUCAAAAUCCAUCCAGAUGUCGGUAUCUCAGUUUACAUGUGCAGCAACUAUUCAUUUGUUCUUUUUAUGACAGACUCUUUUUUAUUAACAUUUCUGACAAUGUGUGUAUCAUUGUUUUAAGGGUUUUACCACUUCAAGCUUUUAUAUGUAAAAGAAAAGAAUCAGUUUCAUGAGGAAAUGUCAGAAAAGAGCAGGAAAAGUAUGAAAAUCAUGUUAUUACUCCUCUACAUACUCUCUGUUUAGUGUGUGUCGUGUAAUCCAGCUACCUCUUUCUAUUUCCUCUUUACAGUUACAGCUAAAGUACAAUAAAGUAUGAUGAUUUUAUAUGCAUGUAAUCUAACCUGUCACCAUGUAUUUA